AAUUUCUCCGUUCAAAAUCUCUUUUUUUUUUUUUUUGCGGAUAUGAGGAAACUUUGUCCGAAUUACAACCUCGAAGACGGUUUAGAGACCGUCCUCGAGGUUCCCAUGCCUGAGGAGUUAUUUGCUGCGUCCAAGACAAAACCGGGAUGGAACCAAAUGAAGUCUUACUGGUCAAAACCCACCGCCACUGCAACCGGAACCGCAACAGCCACAAACAUGACAAGACUCUUUGGUGGUCGUAACGCAGAGAUCCAGCUCCUUCUCGGAGUUGUUGGGGCUCCUUUGAUCCCUCUCCCCGUUCAGCCUGAACAACAAAACGAUUAUGAGAAUCCCAUUCACAAAGACAUCAAAGACCAACCUCUCGAGAUGUCGAUGGCGCAAUACAUAGUGAAGCAGUACAUAGCAGCGGUAGGAGGUGAUCGGGCUUUAAACGCGGUAGAGAGCAUGUAUGCGAUGGGAAAAGUGAGGAUGACAGCAUCAGAGUUCUGUACAGGAGAAGGAAGCCUGAACAGCAAGAUGGUGAAGGCAAGGAGUAUCAAGAGUGGAGGAGGAGAAGUAGGAGGCUUUGUGUUGUGGCAGAAGGGAAUAGAGUUAUGGUGUCUUGAGCUCGUCGUCUCAGGCUGCAAAAUCAGUGCCGGUAGUGAUGCCAAAGUCGCUUGGAGACAAACUCCAUGGCAUCCUUCUCAUGCCUCUCGUGGUCCUCCUAGACCAUUGCGCCGUUUCCUCCAGGGUCUUGAUCCAAAAUCAACGGCUAAUCUAUUCGCAAGAUCGGUAUGCAUGGGAGAGAAGAAGAUAAAUGAUGAAGACUGUUUCAUACUCAAACUCGACGCUGAGCCAUCGGCGCUUAAGGCGAGAAGCAGCAGCAAUGUUGAGAUCAUCCGGCACACAGUGUGGGGAUGUUUCAGCCAGAGAACAGGUCUUCUGAUUCAACUUGAAGACUCUCACCUUCUAAGAAUCAAAGCUCAAGACGAUAACAGUAUAUUCUGGGAGACAACAAUGGAGUCUUUGAUCCAAGAUUACAGGACUGUUGAUGGUAUUCAGGUAGCACACGCUGGUAAAAGCUCGGUGUCUCUGUUUCGGUUUGGUGAGAACUCGGAUAAUCACUCGAGGACUCGGAUGGAAGAGACUUGGGAGAUUGAGGAAAUGGAUUUUAACAUUAAGGGUUUGUCUAUGGAUUGUUUUUUACCGCCUUCUGAUCUCAAGAAGGACGAUGAUGAAGAAGAAGAAAUCGAAUGUGGUUUAGCUGCUAAUAAUGAGAAGCUGCCUAUGAAAAUCCGAAGCGCUUCUUUGAGGAUUAGUUCCUCAAAGAUCUUAGCAAUUGUGGAAGAAGAAGAAGAUGAAUCAGAGGUCACUGAGGAGACAUAAAAGCAUGGCCUGAGUUUUGGUUUUUGUACAUAAUUUUUUAAUCUAUUGCAACAUGGAAACAGAGGAUUUUUUUCUAUUUUUGGUUUUUGGGUUCCCCUGUAAAUCACUGAACUCUUGGGAUGCAAAAUGCAAUGCAAGUGAUCAGAUUCUUCAUAAUACAAUGAGAUAAGAGAA